CUGAAGCUUCUGAAAGUACUGAAACAGAAUAAUGAACAACAACAACCAUCUCAGCAAGCAGCACAACAACCACAGCCUGCCCAGCAUUCCUUUUGGUCUAUCCUCAAGGGUAUUAUAUUAAGAGCUGUCAUAAUUUACUUCAUUACCAGCUUUUUCCGACGAGCUCAGCAAGCGACUAACACUCAAAAUACGGGAGUGCCUCAGAAAGUAUCUCAAAAUCUAUUCCAGAAUGGAACUGUUAUGGAUUUAUAUGUGUAUCUAACUGAAGAUAAAAGGUUAUCAUUUAAAGAAGAAUCUUUAAUAUGGUAUCAACCAAAUAUCAUAUAUGGAGAUUGGUAUGGUGGCCCUAAUGGUGAUGGAACAUACACUUUAGAAACUGAAAUCACUGCUACUAAGAAUAUGCAGAGGAAUUGCAGCAUAUGGUUACAUACCUGUAUUACAAAGCAUGGAAGAUCUCCUAAUCCUCGUGAUAAGAAGAAGUAUUCCCGUAGAGAUGCGGUAUGCAAGAGCAAAAGAAUGAAUAAAUACAAAAAACUCCGUUAUCAACGAACUCAUAAUUUAUUAACUGGAGAGACAUCUGCAAGUCCAGAAGCUGUAAAAAAAGCAGAGGAAUCUCCACUGGAAAUAAUAUCUCAUUGGCAUCCAAAUAUGACAAUUAACAUUAUUGAUGAUCAUACUGCAUGGGUUCAAGGCCAUGUUCCUCCUCCUCUUGAUGAAUUUGUAGAAUUUGACCCAAUAUCAGGAGAUUAUUAUCCAAUAUUGUAUGCUAAUGAUUAUUGGAAUUUGAUUAGAGACUACACACCUCUAAAUGAUUCUGUCAAAGCAUUGCCUAUCCAUUUAACAUUCCAACCUCUCUCACUUUUCCGUUGGCAAUUGUACACAGCUCAAGCAAUGCGAUCUCGUUGGACUUCUUUCUUGGGUCAAGAUCUCAUGGAAGAAAGUGAUGAAGAUCAAGAUUACAUGAAAGAAGCUUUGCUGGAAACUUCUCCAAUUCUUUUGGGAUUAACUUUUGUUGUUUCUAUUGUUCAUAGCAUCUUUGAAUUUCUAGCAUUUAAAAAUGAUAUACAGUUUUGGAAUAACAGAAAAUCUUUAGAAGGCCUUUCUGUGCGUUCUGUGUUUUUCAAUGUGUUUCAGUCAAUUGUUGUACUGUUGUAUGUAUUAGACAAUGAUACUAAUAUGGUUGUUAGAAUUUCUGUAUUUGUUGGACUCCUGAUUGAAAUUUGGAAGAUACACAAAGUGACAAAUGUUGAAAUCAACCGAGACUCUAAAAUAUUUGGUAUAAUUCCAAAGGUAAAACUAACAGAUAAAGGAUCAUAUGUUCAAUCAUCAACAAAAGAAUAUGAUGUGUUGGCAUUCCGUUAUUUGUCAUGGGCACUGUUCCCUUUAUUAGGGUGCUAUGCAGUUUACUCACUUCUGUACUUGGAACAUAAAGGAUGGUAUUCCUGGGUCUUGGGCAUGCUAUAUGGUUUCCUAUUAACUUUUGGUUUUAUAAUGAUGACACCUCAGUUAUUCAUCAAUUAUAAACUAAAAUCAGUUGCUCACUUACCUUGGCGAAUGCUAUCAUAUAAGUUCCUGAAUACUUUCAUAGAUGAUAUAUUUGCAUUUGUAAUCAAAAUGCCAACAAUGUACAGAAUUGGGUGUUUCCGUGAUGAUAUUGUGUUUUUUAUUUACCUAUAUCAGAGAUGGAUCUAUCGUGUAGAUCCGAAAAGGAUGAAUGAAUUUGGAACUAGUGGAGAAAUGGAAACCCAACACUCUGAAGUUAAUGGUGCUGUUUGUACUAUUAAUGAAGUAAAACCCAUUGAAGAAAAGAAAAAAGAUUAAUUUUUAAUCUUAAACUCUUAUGGUUUGUUGUAAUUAUGAAUUGUUGUUUUCAGGUUAUAUUUAUCUCUCAUUGUAUAAAGAAAAACAGUUUUUUAAGUGAAAUGUAUUGGUCAAUAAUGUUUUUUAGUAUAUUUAUUUUUCUUGCAGUAGUGUAUUUACAUUAUUAAGAUCUGUAUUAUAUUUUGAUAAAAGACGAUGUGAUAUAGUUUGAGAACAAGUUUUUUUAUUGUUAAAUGAUUGAAUUAUGAAUCAUAGCAUACAUUCAAACUAUCUGUAUUUAUACUUUCAUGUGUAUAAAAGUAUAUUUUAUACAUUAUUCCAAAUUAAAGAUUCAAACCAUUUUUAUGCGAAAAAAUUUAUAUUUUACAUCUCAAACUAUAAUAAAUUUUAAUUUUCAUAUUUUAAUAUAAAAUUACCAUCUCAUAAAUUGCAGGAUUAGAUUGCAUAAAUAUAACAGUAUUUUUCAAGUAAAAAAAAAAUUUCAUUUUGAAUGAACUUGACCAUGUUUGAGAAUUUGUUAAUUUUUAUAUAUUGCAGUAUACAUAUAAAGGGGCACUAAGGAAUUAAUUAGCCUUUAAAUUAAUUUAUUUUGAUGUUAUUAAAAUAACUUAUUGUGAAAUUAAAUAUCAGAUGACUUUGUUUAUUUUUAUAUAUUAAGAUUUUGAAAUGCUCAUGAAAUUUUUCAGUGUUAUGUGCUCAGCAAAACUCAGAAGGGAAUGUGCCAUCCCAUAUGAAGCCAUUUUAUAAAAUGGCUUCAUAUGGGAUGGCACAUGAAUAAUACUUCAUCUAAAGUUUUAAAUUUAAAAUUAAUGUAUAGAUUUGUAAGAAAUGCAAAGAACUAUGAGUGUUAUUUUAUUUAAAGACCUGCCAUAAAGUUCAACACUUUUUUAGAAGAUGAUUUUUUAUUGUUAAUUGGAAAUAAUUGUGCAGAUGCAGAGCAUUUUUAUUGGUAUAUAAAUAGCUAUAGUGAACCCUGUACUUGUGAGUGCUUCUGAACAUGACUCUCUCUGACUUAACCAAGGCUGUCAAAAACGUAUCAGGCUGACUACCAAAGUAUCUAAUUUUAUUAUCAAAAAAAAUUUUUCAACUAAACACAUCAAAAGGCUAAUGGGUCAAAUUCUUAUUAUAGCUGUUAAUCUGUUUUAUGGAAAGCCAUAGUUAAUUUUUAUUUAUUUAUGUGUUAUUAUUUUUAAUUAUUAACUUUACAUACUCAUCAAAAUAUAAUUUAUCAUACAGUUUGAGGCUUGAUUGGGCACUUAUGAUACAGCACUCUUUAAAUGAUUCUUCACAUUCCUUUAAUCCUUAUACUAUUUUUUGCCUGAGCAGAUGGUAACAUAAGAGAAAAGUGUUUCAAGUGAUACCAGGGCAGUAUCCUGUUUUUAACAUUAUUAAAAUCUUGUAUAUUAAUUUCAAAUUUGUUAGUUCAGUGCAUAAAUGCAUGUCUCUUCCCCCAAAUUCAUAAAUUUCAAGUGAUUGUCUCCAAAAAGAAAGCAUGAAUCAUCAAUAAGAAUUGUGAUUUUUUUAUUGUUUUUUAGUGCCUAAGAUCUGUUUUCUAUACCUUAAAUUAUAUUUACAGUACACAAAUAAAUUGUGUACAGUUACAGUAUUACAAAAUAAAUAGAUAAAUACAAGAUGAAGUUUUUCUGAAUUUUCGCAUUAUGCGAUUUGCUACUUAUGUUUGUCAUGAUGUGUAAUGUUUUAAUGUAAUAUUAAAUGGAUAUACUACACUGUAGAAGGAGUCCAAGAGCAUUGAGUAGGUACGUUAUACAAAUUAAUGAUUUGCAUCAUUGAUAGUCAUCUUCUGUAAGACAAUCACAUACGCAGGAGACCAAAGUUACUGAAUGUGGGUAGUUGUCUUUGAGAGGGUUCACUUUACCAUUUUUCAUAGCUAUCAAAACUCAAAUUUUAUUGUGUAUUCAUGUGAAAUGAUGCAUGGAAUUCAGUUAUAAAAGUACAUUUGAUUUAUAAUAAAUUUUACACAAACAAAAAUUUUAAAGGACUUCCGAACUGUUGUUUCUCAUGUCAUAUGUAUUAUACAUGAUUUUUUUAAUGAUUGUUUUCAAGGUUUAUUACUUUUUUUGCUCAGUCUGCUCACUUAUGUUUUUAAUUACACCAUUCAUUCAAGAAUUAAUAGCCUGAUAAUUUUAUACUCAUUUUAUAGAUUUGUUCCUGAAAAUCUUAUAUUUUUGUUAUUUAGUAAUUUAGUAUAAAAUUCCAAUAUAUGUACUAUGUUAUAUUUUAAUGUAAUCAAAUAAGCUGUAUUAAAAUUCCUUAAGUGUAAAGUAACUGCGGCUGGGGUUGCCAUUUUGCAUAGAAAGCUAGUAGAAUCAUAAUUUGUAAAUAAAUAAAUAUUCUUAGCUGAAAUUUUAUAUGAUUACCUUUUAAUAUUUUUGAAAAGUGUAUUUGGAAAUUUGCUCAUAUGUUUCAAAAAAAUUUUUUACGAAGAAAAUUUCCUUCAUGUUUAGAAUACAACACUUGUAUAGGCAUAUGUAUUUUUUCUCUAAAUUCAUGAUAGAUUUCUUAAUUGAUUUUAAAAGAGAUGCAAAUUUUUUCUCUUUCUGCAUUAAUUUUUCUAGUAAUUUGCCAUAUUUUUGUCAAAUGAAGUGAAAUUAAAAAAAAGUAGCCUACGUUA